AUGUCUGAGCUGGCUGGGGCCGGGGGAGUCCUGGGGAAACAGGGCUUGCAGCCUUUCACCCACCGCUGCGCUCUCUUCCCAGGCACCACCUGCGUCCUCGUGUCCUUCCCCUUCAUCUUCAACCCCUGCCUGGGUUGCAAGGAGAACACGCCACAGUGGGCAGCCUUCAUCUACUAUCUCCCCUUCAUCGUCAUCUUCCAAUUCGGCUGGGCAGCCACGCAGAUCUCCCACCUGUCCCUCAUCCCCGAGCUGGUGACCAGUGACCAUGAGAAGGUGGAGCUCACAGCUUUCAGGUAUGCCUUUACCGUCAUGGCCAACAUCACUGUGUACGCCCUGGCCUGGCUCCUGUUGAACUUCCAGGUGGAGCAGCUUGACCGCGCAGAGCACCUUGGCAUCCAGGAUGUCCCUGUGUUUAGGAACCUGUCCCUCAUUGUGGUGGGGCUGGGGGCCGUGUUCUCCCUCCUCUUCCACCUGGGCACCAAAGAGAAGCCAUACCCGCCGGGCUCACUGCCCCAGCUGGAGGAGAGCGUGAGCCUGCUGCAGAAGGAGCCUACGAGAUCCCCGCGCCCGCUGCUGAUCUGGAAAGACUGGCUGCUGGAGCCUGCCUUCUACCAGGUUGCGGUGCUCUACAUGUCCACUCGGCUCAUCGUCAACCUGUCCCAGACCUACAUCACCAUGUACCUGACCAACUCGCUGCUGCUGCCCAAGAAAUACAUCGCCACCAUCCCCCUGGUGAUGUACAUCAGCGGUUUUCUCUCCUCCUUCCUCAUGAAGCCUGUGAAUAAGUGGAUAGGUCGAAAUUUGACCUACUUCGUGGGCAUCCUGGUGAUCCUGGCCUUUGCCUCCUGGGUGACACUGGCCACACAGAUGGGAGCGGAGAUCUACGGGGCGGCCGCGCUGCUUGGGGCUGGUUCCGCCACCAUCCUGGUCACCUCACUCUCCAUGACAGCCGACCUCAUCGGCACCAACACGCACAGCGGCGCGUUCGUCUACGGCGCCAUGAGCUUCACGGACAAGAUGGCCAACGGCCUGGCUGUGAUGGCGAUCCAGAACCUGCACCCGUGCCCGACUGAGCUCUGCUGCGCUGCCUGCAUCAGCUUCUACCACUGGGUGAUGGUGCUGGUCACCGUCGCGGCCGUCCUCUCUCUGUGCUGCAUCAUGGUCUGGCCCAUCCGUAUCCGCUACC